AUGAACAAUUAUUAUAUUAACAACUUUGAAGGGAAUGCCAAUAUAGUUGGGUUUCAAAAAAUCUUCUCAAUUAUAGAAAAUGAUUAAAAACAAAAAACCGAAAAUAUGGAAACUUAAUAAUAUAAACAAAAUUAAAGCUAGAGGAUGUUAGAACAAAGCUCUAUAAUCUUAAAACAAAAAUCAAUUUUUAACUAGAUUAAUUAUAAGGUAUUGUAUAACAAUAGCAAAAUUGGUUAGAUUAAAUCUUGCCAAGCACAUUUACAUAUAGUUUCUUUGAAGAGUUAGAAAAUCUAAUUAAAAAAAAAAUAUCAAUAUCUAAAGAACAUGAGAAUUUAAUGA